AUGUCAGUGUUGAAGAGUAAAAUAAGCAAUCUCCGUGGUUUAAGACAAGUCCAUGCACAACUGGUCCACCAAUCACUGCACCACCAUAACCACUUGGUGGCGCUUCUCCUUACCCACUGCACUCGCCUUCUUGCACCCCCAACCUACACCUCCCGCAUUUUUCAUCUUGCAACACACCCUGAUCUGCGUCUCUUCACCUGCAUACUCAGAUAUUAUUCCCAAAUUGGUGCUCACACACGACUACUACUCUCUUUCUUUAAACAUAUGCUACACCACCACUACCACGUAAAGCCCGAUGCAUCUUUCUAUGCGGUUUUGAUGAAAUCUGCUGGAAACGAAAGCAUAUUAUUUCUUGCUCAUGUACUCAAAUCGGGACAUUCUCGUGAUCAUUAUGUUCGAAAUGCAAUUUUGGCCAUGUAUGUUAAGUGUCGGCCUAUCGAGCUUGCCAGGAAACUGUUUGAUGAAAUGCCUGAUACAACCGUUGCAGAUUGGAAUCUGAUGAUCUCUGGAUACUGGAAGUGCGGGGACGAAGAUGAAGCAACUAAGCUUUUCUAUCUUAUGGGCGAGCAGAGGAAUGUUAUUACUUGGACCACCAUGAUUACCGGGUAUGCAAAGAACAACAAUUUGAAGACUGCAAGGAUGUAUUUUGACAAAAUGCCAGAAAGAAAUGUGGUAUCAUGGAAUGCAAUUCUAUCAGGGUAUGCUCAAGGAGGGGCACCACAAGAGACUGUAAGAUUGUUCCAUGAAAUGCUUAGCGAUGGAAAUGUCGAACCAGACGAAACAACAUGGGUAACUGUCAUAUCAUCCUGUUCAUCUCUUAGUGACCCUUGUCUUUCAGAAUCGAUUGUCAGAAAGCUAGACAACAGAAUAAGCGUCCGCUCUAAUUAUUUUGUCAAGACAACCCUUCUUGAUAUGUAUGCAAAAUGCGGGAAUCUUGAGGCAGCUCAUGAGAUUUUUGAGCAAUUAGGUGUGUAUAAGUAUAGGAGUUCUGUUCCAUGGAAUGCCAUGAUAUCCGCAUAUGCAAGAGUAGGGGAUUUAUCUUUGGCAAGGCACCUCUUUGAAAAGAUGCCACACCGAGAUACCAUCUCUUGGAAUUCAAUGAUUGCUGGUUAUACUCAAAACGGCGAGUCAUUCAUGGCCAUCAAGCUGUUUGAGAAAAUGAUCUCUAGUGAAGAUUCAAAACCAGAUGAGGUGACCAUGGUGAGUGUUUUUUCUGCUUGUGGACACCUUGGAGAACUAAGUUUAGGUCAUUGGGCUUUGAGCGUCCUCAAAGAAAAUCACAUCCGGAUUAGCAUUUCAGGAUACAACUCUUUGAUUUACAUGUACUCAAGAUGUGGGAGCAUGGAAGAUGCUACAUUAAUUUUUCAAGAAAUGGUAACAAGAGAUUUAGUUUCCUAUAACACAUUGAUUUCCGGGUUUGCUGAGCAUGGACAAGGAUUGGAAAGCAUCAAACUACUGUCAAAAAUGAAAAAAGACGGUAUUGAACCGGACCGCAUAACAUAUAUUGCUAUACUAACUGCAUGCAGUCAUGCCGGAUUACUGGAAGAAGGUCAAAAAGUUUUUGAAUCAAUCAAAUUCCCUGAUGUAGACCACUAUGCUUGUAUGAUUGAUAUGCUGGGUCGAGUUGGUAGAUUAGAAGAAGCUGUGGAGUUGAUUCAAAGCAUGCCAAUGGAACCCCAUGCAGGAAUUUAUGGAUCUCUUUUAAAUGCUACUAGCAUUCACAAAAGAGUGGAACUUGGAGAACUUGCUGCAGCUAAACUGUUCAAGAUAGAGCCGCUUAAUUCUGGAAAUUAUGUGUUGCUAGCUAACAUAUAUGCUUUGGCUGGUAGAUGGAAGGAUGUUGACAGAGUUAGGGAUGCAAUGACAAAACACGGAGUGAAGAAAACAACUGGCUGGAGCUGGUUGGAGAAUAACUCAUAA